GGCUACGCAGUCGAAGAAGUAUAAACCAGGCUUGAAACACUUAGUAAUUCAACUGUGGGGCUGUGACACGGCAAGUACUGAAGUACAAAACAAAUGAUGCUGCUUACAUGCGUUGAAACAUACACACAGUGCAGACAUGUAAUAUUCAGUGUGAGUGUGGAGCUUGCAGCUGUAAAUGACCAGUAAUGAUGGAUGGCUGGACCUGACUCGUGUGCUUUGUAUGAUCCACUUUUCAUUCCACUGAGGGUUAUCUGCUCUGGUUUGAUGCCCUGUCAGACUUUAUGUACUUUGAUCACCAAACCCAAACAACCCUUUAAAUUGUUCUACCUUAUUUCAGGUGUGCCAUUGCAGAUGGCAUCAGAUCUGGCAGUACACGAACAUACAACUGUGGAGGGAUGUUGGGUCAGUUUGUCAAUGUGUUUCUCGUGGGGUCACAUCUUAUAUUGACAAUUUGUGAGUUGGAAGUUUAUGGAGAGAUGGCUGCUCCUUCUUUCAGUGCUGUGAUGAUGGGAAGGAGUGUAGAGGUGGUGGAGAAGAAGCUGUGUUGGUCUGAUGCUCUGUUCUACUGCAGAGACUUCUACUGGGACCUGCUCAGCAUAUGCAGUGAGAAAGAGCAGAGGGAGGUAGAGGAGGUGCUGAGGAGCGUCCCCUUUCCCCUCACCAAACGUGUUUGGUUGGGCCUGCGCAGAGAACUGAUGGGUGACACCUGGUUUUGGAUGACUGGUGUUUCAGAGGACUUUACCUACUUUGAGACAAAAUCCUACUGGAAGGACACCAGUCCAUGUGGUGCCAUGGACACCAGCAACCGCUUCCACUGGGGGGAUCUUCCUUGUGAAGAACACCUUCAUUUCAUCUGUUUGAAAGACCAUCAGAGAGACAAAGAUAGAGUGUAUUAUUUCAGCAGCUCCAGACCAUGAACACAGCAUGAAGACAGUCAUCCAUUCUUUUGUGUCCAGUCUGUAAUCAUAUUUGAGUUUAGCUUGUACAAUACAUCAUUUAUUAUCUCA